UGAAGUUCCUUGCUGUCACCAGCUUUCUAGUCUCAUUGUAAGGGGAGUCCCAAUGAAGGUGAGCGUAGUGUGGCGUUGUUCUCUGUUUACCUGACACACCUGUACCUGUGUUAUUAACACACACAUAAACGUCCGCCCUCGGCCGGGAGAGGACGAAAAGCCGACAGCUACAAGGAUGAUGAGGCUCCCAGUGCUGUCCCUACUCCUGUGGAUGUGUGCGGUGUACUUCGUGGGCAUCUACCUUUUCGUGGGUGGAUUUCUGCUGGUAAGGCUGGAGGUGAACAGGACCAGCACCUGCGGAGACGUCCUGCAGCCCGGAGAGGAGCCAGUGGACUUCUGCCGCGCCCAGCCGCGUUUCCGUAAGGUUGUGCUCCUCAUCAUUGACGCCCUCAAGAUAGACUUCGCCCGGUUUGACCCGAACAACACGGAGCCCCGUCCAUAUGAGAACAAGCUACCUGUGCUAGAGGAGACUGUAUCAUCCAGGCCCUUCCACAGCCGCUUGUACCCCUUUCGUGCUGACCCACCAACGACUACAAUGCAGAGGAUCAAGGGCUUUACGACUGGUUCCUUGCCCACCUUCGUGGAUGUGGGGAAUAACUUUGCAUCCAGUGCCAUAUUGGAAGAUAACCUCAUACACCAGUUUGGGCAAGUGGGCAAAAGAGUCGUGUUCAUGGGUGAUGACACUUGGGAAAAUCUUUUUCCUAAGAAGUUCCAUCGUUCUCUGCCGUUCCCUUCUUUCAAUGUUAAGGAUCUGCACACUGUGGACAAUGGGAUCCUCCAGCACCUCUACACAACUAUGGUGGGGGGUGACUGGGAUGUCCUAGUUGCCCAUUUCCUUGGAGUUGAUCACUGUGGUCACAGGUUUGGUCCUGACCACCCAGCCAUGGCAGACAAGCUGACCCAGAUGGAUGAAGUCAUCAGAUCUGUGAUUGACCGUGUUCAGAAUGACACUCUCCUGGUGGUGAUGGGAGAUCAUGGGAUGACUGACACUGGGGAUCAUGGAGGAGAAAGUCAUAAGGAGACUGAUGCUGCUAUUUUCCUCUACAGUCCUUCUCCUCUGUUUCCUGGACCACCGUCCCAGAGUGAACCAGAAGUGGUACCUCAAACAGACCUGGUGCCCACCCUUGCUCUACUGCUGGGAGUUCCCAUCCCUUACAGCAGUGUUGGUCAGGUUCUCUUGCCAGUGUUCCCUCCUCAUGAGCAGACAGAAGGUGCAGUUGGAGGUUUCAGCCAGCUGGAGGCACUGUGGAUCAAUGCUAAACAGGUCAACCGCUUCCUGGAGACUUACUCAAGCAUGGCCAAAGAUAUACCUCCAGAGAGCCUCUCUCAGCUGAAGGAAGAUUUCUCCCGCCUCUCCUCUGAGUACCUUAUUAUGGUCAAAGAGGGUCACUCAUCCUCCCCACAGCUGGCUGCCUCCCUGCAGGCUUACCUUACCUCUGUCAGAGACACAUGUAGAGCUACCUGGGCUCAGUUCAACCCGGUCAAGAUGGCAGCAGGUUUAGCUGUCUUGGCAUUUUCCUGCUUGACAUGUUUUAUCCUCUCUGAGCUGUCCACAGUGUUAAUGGGUGAAAACAGUCCUGGACUUCAGGCCCCUGUUAUGGUGGCUUUCACAGUGGGAGUUUGUGUGGCUGCUGGUCAGCUGCUCACACAGGGUUACAUUGAGGUAGCAUGGUGCCUGGCAGCUGCUGCACUGAGCUCUGAACUGCUCUUUCUCUGGAGGGCACAUAGAUCCAGAACUAUAACUUUGGCUAAGAAUGGAUCUAAAGCUCCAAAAAUUUCAAGCCGAUUCACCCCACGCCACCUUCUGUUCCCCUCUCUCCUGGUGCCGCUCCUCCGCUGUGCCUCCCUGCUCUCAGAUAGCUAUGUGAUUGCUGAAGGCCGUGUUGUUACCUUUCUAGUGUUCUCUCUGGCUCUCUAUGUCCCAAUCCGUCUCAACUGGGAUGGCCUGCUUGUGCCCACCAGUCACGACCCUCUGAAGCCUGCAGGGCUGCUUCCUGCUGCAGCCUUGUCCCCAUCUACAGUAAGGAAAGAGAGCAGCACCUUGCUUGCUUGCUUAGGACUUCUUGUUGGCAGCCUUUACCUCUCCCUGUCCUUCCAUGGUUGUAGAGAAGAACAGGGCUCCUGCUACCCCUCCCCAUUCCUCUCACCUCUGUCCCGAUUGCAGAAUGCUCAGCUGAAGAACUUCCACUACAUCCUCUCUGUCUGCUCCCUUGGCUUGUGGACUUACUUGCUGAGACGCUGCCUCCGUCACUAUGGUAACCUCAACUCUUCAGGGGGGACUGUGUUCACUGCUCGCUGGAUCCUUCCACUGCUGUCUGUGUGCUUGGGGCUCCACUGGGCUGUUAGUGCCACUCCAGAGGACAGCUUCAGGAAUCUUUCAGAGCUGAUCAGCCUGGGCCAGCUGGCCCUCCCAAGGACCGCCUUCUUUCUGCUAGGACUGGGGCUGUUUCUAAUCUGGCUAGACCCUCUCACUGUGUUUAUAAAGACAAGGGCUACAACUACAGCCAGAAGUUCAUCUCUACCCCCACCCCGCUAUCGGGCCAGUACUGGCAUCAGCCCCCAAGCUGAGCUUCACCACCUCAUCCCCCAAAUCUACCAGCGCAUGCGUCGUUCCCUGGAUGAUGGAGAGCUGAGUGGGAGCAAUGAGGUGGAUAGCAGGCCUGCUGUUGAGGCCUAUGGCCUGGGAACUGUCUACUCUGCACCUUUGCUGCUGUUUUGUGGCCUACUAGGGAUUGGUCUUCUGCUGUUGCACCCAGAGGGCAUGGCUUUGUCUUUCCUCCUGCUGCUGCUUGAGAUGGGAGCACUGUUGCACAUUCACGCCUCCUCCACCACCCUCAGUGGCCUGAAUGGAACAAAUUCUGAUGGAUUUAUUGUGCCCUGGAAUCCAGUAGUGCUGUGGUCCCUGGCUGCCACCCAGUUUUUCCAUGCCACAGGUCACCUUCCCACCUUCCCCUCCAUCCAGUGGGGUGCUGCUUUUGUUGGAUUCCCUGAUGGACACACAGGCACUCUGUUGCCAGCCUCACUGGUUACUCUCAACACUUUUGCCUCACACAUCUUGUUCGCAGUGGGCUGCCCGCUGCUGCUGUUCUGGCCUCUGGUGUGUGAAGUACGUGGCAGCAGGGGAAGCAGAGCUUGUGGGGAAGAAGGAGAAGAUGCUGUGAUGGAGAUGAGAUUGAGGGAAAACCCUAAACAGUUUAGCUCUGCACUUCUACAACUCUCAACACGCUACCUCUUUAUAAAUGGAGCCCAGGUCUUUGCCUCAGUCUGUGCAGCUGCUAUCCUCAGGAGACACCUAAUGGUGUGGAAGGUUUUUGCACCCAAGUUAAUGUUUGAGGCAUCAGGGUUUUUGGUGAGCAGUGUUUCUCUGCUGAUCGGAGUCAUGUUGGUGAUGAGGGUAGACGCUGCAGUGGGCCGGUGGUUUAAGAGACUCAUCCCUGAUGCAUCUAGGUAGCACACCUGCUACUGCUGCUUUAUGAGGGAAGCCCACUAGGGCUCACUGUGCCACCAAGAAAUGCACAUAAUGGUCACUGAAAGAAAAACUUUGCCGUAUUUGUCAAGCAUAUGGACCCUAACAAAAAUGUAAGGUGAGGCUGCCUCUGACUUAAACUCUCUGAGGGCUAUGUUAAAAUUUACUGAGGCCCACCUCGUUUUCAUUUUAAGGGACACAAACACAAGGCUUGGCCUGAACAAACUCUUGCAUUUAAGGCAUGCUUUUUACAGUGUUGAGAAUAUAAGCUUCUCACUCAGCUGACAAGGUUGAGGGUUUUGGGAUUUCUAAGGACUUGAAUGUUUUGUUUUGUUAAAACAUUUUUCUGAAUGUUCCUCCUUAACAUAUGUUCUCUAUCUUACAGUAUAGAUGAAACCUCCAAGCUACCAGAGCCAGACAGUCAUGCAAGUGGUUAAAAGUGCAGCAGUCAAAAUGUUCACUAAAAGCAUACAGUAAACGGUUUACACUGACUGUCACAGCUAGCCAGCAACUUCAGCAUUAAAAAAAUCACUUUAUGGAUUUUUUCACUUCAUAACUACCUGAUUCAGCAGUCUGUUAUGAAAACCGAAGUGACAGUAAAAUGUUCCUCUCACCCAGCUUUACUAAUCAUUAGCAGGUACAGGUUGAGUCUCUUCCUUCAGCUGUUUGGGUACAGGUCGACCACUUAAAAAGCAAAACCGUCACCCAUGUUUGGAGGUUCUUCAUGAACAGUCUGCAAGAAGCUGUACUGUUUUUUGAAAUUCAUUAAAGUGCAUUAAAGCAUGCCUGUCAUCUAAGUGUUUGGUGGAGAAACUUUUAUAUAUUUUUUGUAUGUUUUGUAUUUUUAAGAUGUUGAAAUUACCAGUGUUUCUGGUUACUGCCAAUUCAUACAGUAUAACUUUGUUUUUUACACAUUUCUGAGUUCUUAAUCUGUCAUGGUCAGUGAUUUUUUUGAAGGUACUGAUUGCUAACUGUUAACACCUAUUUAUGUAUUUUUGAUCAUUGUUUUUUUUUGUUUUGUUUUUUUUUUUUGUUUUUUGUUUUUUUGUUUUUAUCCCAAAUAAAAUGUUUGUCUUAUCAGGACUUCCACAUCUAUAUUCCUGGAAUAGGUGCCUAGCUUUAAGUAAUGCCUUUUUUUGUGUGUGAUGUCAUCCUACUGACAGGGUCAUUACUUCCAGGACCUCCACGAACACUUUUAGUUAAUUUAUUUCUGCAGGAUGUCUGAUUCAGUGUCCAGUGUAAGAUCUGUUACUGUUGUGCAGCUGUAGUCAGCAGCUGAGGCUCAUUAGCUAAUGCAUGAUAAUGAAGGGAAGUUUAGCUCAGGUUGAAUUAGCUACAGUGCAAUAGUACUGCAUUUCUCAGGCUGUUGUAUGGGAAUGACUGGUCAUUUACAGCAGCUGCUGUAUUGACCACAGCCAUAGUGGUUGUUUGGCUGUGUUGAAUGGUGACAGGGCACAAUUGUUUUCUGUUAAAAAUGCUUAAUAUAUAAAUAACUGAUCAACUAAUGUGAUUUUUGCAUUCUGUAAAAAUGUAAUUAAACUUUUUUACUUGAUA